UCAACACCAUCAUCUCAACACCAUCUCAGCACCAUCAUCUCAGCAGUAGCAUCAUCACAGCACCAUCAUCUCAGCACCAUCAUCUCAGCAGCAGCAGCAUCUCAGCAGCAGCAUCUCAACGUCAGCCGAUGCGAUGGCUGAGUGACGGCUACUAGGUUGGGAGUCCUUAACAUCACCAACAACAUCAUCAUCACCACCAUCACGAAACGAGACAGGAAGACUCCGCUGAGGCGGGCGACUGUGAAGGACUUCCUUGGGUGGGGGGGUUGGUGGGGGGUGGACAACCUCGUGGCGUGUGAUGAGCCUCAACAACCACCACCUCAACCAACCACCACCACCAACAACCUUAGCCAACCACCACCACCCUCCACCAACCACCACCACCAACAACCUUAGCCAACCACCACCACCAACCAACCAACAAUGGAUGAACGUUGCUGCGUUGACGAGACCGAACCUCUAUUGAAGGACUCUCAUUGCGCCACCACCACCACCACCACAUCAUCACCAUCAUCACCACCACCAUCACCACCGCCACAAUCUCCGUCGACCACACCACCACCACCACCUCCACCACUACCACCACUACCUCCUUCACAGCAGCAACAGCAGCAGCUUCUCCUAGGCCGCAGGGCCCCUGCCCAUCACUGCUGCGCCGGGGUCCGCUACAAGCUCCUGGCCGAGGGAGACAUUCAGCUGUGCGUGCUCAGACACCCUCGCUCCGUCCUCAGCAAGAUCCGCGCCUCCAAGCUCCUGCGGCGCUGGGAACCUCACCACCUCGUGCUGGCGGAUGGAGCCAUCUACUCGGCCACGCCCACGGGCUACAUGGAGAACUCCAUCGCCUACAGCAGCAUGGAGGAGAUCCAGGUGCUCGCGUGGGAGAACGCUCCCCGCUACUGCCUCCAGAUCUCCGUGUGCGGCGCCACCAUCCUGCUGCAGGCGGGGAACGGAUACCAGCGUGACCAGUGGUUCCAUUCACUUCAGUGGAAGAAGAAGACCUACACCUACAAGAAGCUGCUGUGGAAUGCGGGCCGCUGGGAGGUGGUCCUCAAGGAGAUCCGCCUGCUGGUGGACAUGUCGCUUUGCUCGCCCCUGCAGGACGACUCCAUCCACCAGGUGCCCCUGGACAUCGUCUCCAAGCUCGUGACGGAGAACCCACACCUCUCGCCUGUGGAGCAUGAGAGCAUAAUCGUGGCCAUCGCCCCGCUACUGGAGAACAACGCCCCGCCGCCCACGCUCUGCGACUUUUUCUGCCAGCACUGCCGGGAGCGGCCACGGUCCCUGGUCAUUAUUGAGGUGUUCACCCCCGUGGUCCAGCGAAUCCUCAAGCACAACAUGGACUUUGGGAAGUGCCCGCGUCUGCGCGUCUUCACCCAGGAGUACAUCCUGGCACUCAGCGAACUCAACGCCGGCAUGGAUGUCGUCAAGAGGUUCAUCCAGAGCAUGCACGGGCCCACGGGGCAGUGCCCACACCCGCGUGUGCUACCCAACCUGGUGGCCGUGUGUCUCGCCGCCAUCUACACCUGUUACGACGACUACAUCAACAGCUGCGACAACUCCCCCAGCCUCAGGGAAAUCCGCAACGGCUGCCAGCAGCAGCAGCAGCAGCAGCAGCAGGCGCUGGCUCACCGCCUGCUCACGGGGGCCCCUCCACCACCGCCCCCAGCCCCGCCGGCUCCUCCGCCCCUCCUCCUCUUCACCGGCUGCUGCGGCCCGGCCGACGGCGCCGCCGAGAAGCUCUGCAACUUGGCGCGUGCCGGCGAGGCGGCCGGCGGCGACGGCGGCGACGACGGCAGCAGCAGCAGCAGCAGCAGCGGCAGCAGCGGCGACGACGGCACCGGCGGCGGCGACGGCUACGGCGCCUACACCGGUUGGGAGAGUUCGCCGAUGGGCUUCGGCGACGGCUUCGGCGACGGCUUCGGCGACGGCGGCUUCGGCGGCGGCGGCGGCGGCGGCGGCGGGGAGCCCAGCAUCAUCGACUGCCUGCUGGUGACGCCGUGCUGCCGGCCGCCGCGCGUCGAGCUGGGGGCCAAGGCGGAGGGCGUGCUCGCCUGCUACGUGGACAUCCUCAAGACGCUAUCUUCCUACGACGACUGGAGGCCGGCCCUAGCCAGUCUGCUGCAGCCCAUCCCCUUCCCCACAGAGGCCUUGGCGCACGAACAGUUCACCAAGGCCUUCAAGCACGUCAUUGGGGAGUUCGCAGGAGACCCACGUCAGGAGGUCCACUCGUGCCUGCUCAGCGUGAGGGCCGGCAAGGACGGGUGGUUCCAACUCUACAGCCCCGGUGGGGUGGCGUGCGACGACGACGGGGAGCUCUUCGCGUCGAUGGUACGGAUCCUCAUGGGGUCGUGCUACAAGACGAGGAAGUUCCUCGUGUCGCUGGCGGAGAACAAGCUGGGUCCCUGCAUGCUGCUGGCACUGCGGGGCAACCAGACCAUGGUCGAGAUCCUGUGCCUGAUGCUCGAGUAUUCGGUGAUGGAGGGCGACGACUCGCGCCUGCAGAUCGUCUCCACCCUGCAGAGCACCUCGGAGGGACGGCGAGUCUACGAGCAACUGUGCGAGCGGCAGCGUGAGCUGCGUGAGCUGCAAAAGAAGGGCGGUCCUACCCGGCUCACACUGCCGUCAAAAUCCACGGACGCCGACCUGGCCAAGCUGCUCAGCUCGGGCUCCUUCGGCAACCUGGAGAACCUCAGCCUGGCGUUCACCAACGUGACCAGCGCCUGUGCCGAGCUUCUUGUGAAGCUACCCUCCCUCAAGCAGCUCAACCUGUGGUCGACGCAGUUUGGCGACUCGGGCCUGCGGCUGCUGUCGGAACACCUGCCCACGCUACAGGUGCUGAACCUGUGUGAGACCCCGGUCACGGACGACGGACUCCACGCACUCACAGCCAUGAAGAGCCUGUGCAUCCUGAACAUGAACAGCACCAAGCUGACGGCCGGCACCUUCGAGGACCUCAAGGCCAAGCUGCCCAACCUGAAAGAGGUGGACAUCCGGUACACGGAGGCCUGGUGAAUCGUCUCCCCUCUCGGCCCGCCCCCCACCCACCACCACGGUUUUUGUAAUCAACGAUUUAAAAAAAAUUAACUAAAAAAAAA